UCGCCUCUGGAGGAAAGCUGCGUACUAGAUCACCACCACUAGUCAAGUUCGCAGUAGCUCCGCAAAAUAAGACUGGACUUGAGCUCUUUCCCGAGGAUGAAGAAAAAGUCACUGUGCUAUAAAUUGGAUUGGUUUAGAGACGCUAAUUGAAGUAUAUUUUUGCAAAUGGUGUUUGCCUUCUGGUAUUCCUACUGUUCAAAUGCGAUGUUUAUGUGACUACUUGGAGGCUAAUUUAACUAGCUAACGAUGGCAGCGGUAUGGACAUCCGGGCCACAGCACCGUGAUUCUAUUAUUGUCGGUUUACUGUGAUACCAUCAAAACCGUUAACGUUAUAACAAAUAUUUUACCACAUUUUAUGAGUCCUGGUCACGGGGUGAAGUGAGAGGAAAUGUCUAACCAAGGAGCGAGGAGAAAUGGACCAGUGAAGUUGCGUUUAACAGUGCUCUGUGCGAAGAACCUGGCCAAGAAAGACUUCUUCCGACUCCCAGAUCCUUUUGCCAAGGUGGUGGUGGAUGGCUCGGGACAGUGCCACUCGACAGACACUGUCAGGAACACGCUCGACCCCAAGUGGAAUCAGCACUAUGACCUAUACAUCGGGAAGUCGGACUCCAUCACCAUCAGUGUCUGGAACCACAAGAAAAUCCAUAAGAAGCAAGGCGCUGGGUUUCUGGGCUGUGUACGUCUGCUGUCCAACUCCAUCAACCGCCUCAAAGACACUGGCUACCAGAGACUGGACCUCAACAAGCUGAGUCCCAAUGACAGUGACACGGUCAGGGGGCAAAUAGUCAUGAGCCUGCAGUCCAGAGACCGGAUAGGCUCGGGAGGCCCCGUGGUGGACUGCAGCCGCUUGUUCGACAACGACCUUCCUGAUGGAUGGGAAGAGAGGAGGACCGCAUCCGGUCGAAUCCAGUACCUAAACCAUAUCACACGUAGCACACAGUGGGAGAGGCCCACCAGGCCGGCGUCGGAGUACUCCAGCCCCGGGCGGCCACUCAGCUGCCUGGUGGAUGAGAACACUCCAAUCAUGACACCCAACGGCGCGGCAGGGGUGCAGGGUGGGAACCUGCGGGUGCAGGAGCGCCGCGUCCGCUCCCAGAGGCACCGCAACUACAUGAGCCGGACGCACCUGCACACGCCACCCGACCUGCCCGAGGGCUACGAGCAGCGCACUACUCAGCAGGGUCAGGUCUACUUCCUGCACACGCAGACCGGCGUCAGCACCUGGCAUGACCCACGGGUGCCCAGGGACCUGAGUAAUGUGAACUGUGAGGAGCUGGGGCCUCUCCCACCAGGCUGGGAGAUUCGGAACACGGCCACCGGACGGGUCUACUUUGUGGACCACAACAACCGCACCACGCAGUUCACAGACCCGCGACUCUCCGCCAACCUCCACCUAGUGCUCAACCCAAGUGCUAAUGGUUCCCGUGCCACGCCUGAUGGUCCGAACAGUCGUCCUCCCCAGCUGAAGGAGCAGACCCAGCAGGUGCUGGUGUGUGCAGGGCAGCUGCCUGAGGACCCGGAGUGCCUGACGGUGCCGCGCUACAAGCGGGACCUGGUGCAGAAGCUGAAGGUGCUGAGGCAGGAGCUGUCCCAGCAGCAGCCCCAGGCCGGACACUGCCGCAUCGAAGUGUCGCGUGAGGAGAUCUUCGAGGAGUCCUACCGCCAGGUGAUGAAGAUGAGACCCAAGGACUUGUGGAAGAGACUGAUGGUCAAGUUCCGUGGAGAAGAAGGACUGGACUAUGGGGGAGUAGCCAGGGAGUGGCUGUAUCUGCUAUCCCAUGAGAUGCUGAAUCCAUACUACGGCCUGUUCCAGUACUCACGGGACGACAUCUACACCCUGCAGAUCAACCCGGACUCAGCGGUCAACCCUGAGCACCUGUCCUACUUCCACUUUGUGGGGCGGAUCAUGGGCAUGGCGGUGUUCCACGGCCACUACAUCGACGGCGGCUUCACGCUGCCUUUCUACAAGCAGCUGCUGGGCAAGCCCAUCACCCUGGACGACAUGGAGUCCGUGGACCCCGACCUGCACAACAGUCUGGUCUGGAUCCUGGACAAUGAUAUCACAGGGGUGCUGGACCACACCUUUUGCGUUGAGCACAACGCAUACGGCGAGAUCAUUCAGCAUGAGCUCAAGCCUAACGGCAAGAACAUUCCCGUCAACCAGGAUAACAAGAAGGAAUACGUCAGGCUGUAUGUGAACUGGCGUUUCUUGCGAGGCAUUGAGGCUCAGUUCCUGGCGCUUCAGAAGGGCUUCAAUGAGGUCAUCCCCCAGCACCUGCUCAAAGCCUUUGAUGAGAAAGAGUUGGAGCUCAUUGUGUGUGGUCUGGGUAAGAUAGACAUUAACGACUGGAAGUCGAACACCCGUCUGAAGCACUGCACGCCAGACAGCAACAGUGUGAAGUGGUUUUGGCGGGCCGUGGAGUCCUAUGACGAGGAGCGGCGUGCGCGGCUUCUGCAGUUCGUCACCGGCUCCUCUCGAGUCCCCCUGCAGGGUUUCAAGGCCCUCCAAGGGGCUGCUGGGCCAAGACUGUUUACUAUUCAUCAGAUUGAUGCCAGCACAAAUAACCUGCCCAAAGCUCACACCUGCUUCAACCGGAUUGACAUCCCUCCAUACGAAAACUAUGACAAGCUGUACGACAAGCUUCUCACUGCCAUCGAGGAGACCUGUGGCUUUGCUGUGGAGUGAUUUGCUGAGCGACCAGUGAACAUUCGCCGGUCACGUGUAAUCCAGAGCGAUGGGGCUGUGGGACAUGCAGUCCCGCCACACCCCGUCAAUGGGGCAUCCACACUCCAGACGAACCACCACAGGUCCCAGAAGCAGGCGAAAGGCUGCGUCCAAUGAGAACAUCAUGGAACCUGGCAGAACACGGAACACACAGUCCUCCCUGGGGAUUCGGCAUCCUUUUUAUCUUUUAUUCAAAAAACAGUUUCUAGCUGCUAGUAACUCUUCUCUCUCUUGAUAAGGACGCUCUCAAAACUCUUCCUGUGUUUUUCUUGUUUUGUUUUGAAGUACAUUUGUUUUUUUCUACCGUUUCAAAUAUGUGGACGGCUUUUUCAUGUAGCAUGUUUAAAACGGACCCACCAAACAAGAGCCCCCCCAGCUCCUCUGCUGCUCACGCAGUGUUGCAUAAGCUAAAACCCCACAGCACUACUGCUCCUAUGGACUCUUCCACCCCCCACACAUGCCCAGAAGCAAAGCCCCACCCAGGACACUUUGGACCUGUUGGCUAGCCUGCACAGCCACCCCACACACCCCCUCGCUGGUGGUGAUGACAGCUGAACUUGGGCCCUGAUAUUAGGCCUUGGAACACUUUUUGAGGCCUGGAGGCAAAGAUGAGUGGCCAGUGGACGGAGUUCACCUGGCUGUCACCUAAGCUGGAUUCUUCUUCCCACAUCAUACUCCUGCGCUCUCUCUCUUCUCUCUCAAUAUUUUCUUCUGUCCAUUCACCCCGCUCUCUUUCUCUGUCCUCUGUGAAGUACCUGACCCAUACCCCACCACCCCCAGAGACACGUUUGUCAACAUGUAUGAUGAGAUAUAAGCUCCUUUAAAAAAAUGAAUGUAUGGGUGAGAGAGUGAAUGAAUGACUAUACAUAGUUAUUUUUAUACAGUGGAUUGGGAAGGGGGUAAAGGAAUAAUUAUAGAUGUAUAAAUUAUUACCAUUAUACCCCCAAAACCUUGUGUUGUUGUUUUGUUAAAAGAAAAAAAGAAGAAAAAACCCUUUUUUUUAAAUGCUUAUAUAGUGUAACAAUUUCGAGGAAUACACUCAAUACAUAUAGUUAAUCUUUGGAAACAUAUUUUUAAGUUUUUUUGCAAGCAUGGAACCCCUCCAAAAAUUGUUGGGUUAAGUUAAGAAACGGAAUAGAAGAAAAAAAGCAGAAUGUUGAAAAUAAUGAAUAACGAGUCAAUAACUACAGUAUUUGGCAGUCAUUUUCUACAGUGCCAUAGUGUGUUUGGAAUGGCCUUUGAAGGGGACAUCAACCUGUAGAGAUGUUGUAUACAUACAUGUGCAGAGAGAUGUUUGUGAUGGUUUUGUGUGGGACUGGCUGAAGGCUAUCUGGUGGUGUAAUCCCUGUGCGGCAUUGCAGUGGAGAUCCUUAGUCCUGAUGCUCUUUGCCUGAAGUUCUGCAGCUCAUAUCACUCAGUAUCUUGAUGUUUUAUGUCUGGAAAUGGCCACUGUUGUGUAUCUGUUCAAUGAAGGCCUCCUGCAUACACACAGUAUGUAUGUGGCAUGUGCCACCUGACUGUGUUCCUGCUGUAACUCGAGCAGUGUAGCCUAAUUACACAGACAGUGCAGACCCUUCACCAACAGGGCAUUCGUCCUAUAUACUUGGCACAGAGGCUGCCUUUGUAAAAGCCACUGAAGUGUUGUCAUUGAGCCUGGCAUGGAACUCAAUUGAGAGUGUACUGUUGUGUGUUUGGAAAGAACAGGGUUUUCCAAUCACUGCCAACAGACUGUUGUGGUCUUCAAUAAGCAGCAUUUCAAGUCGGAAACAGACAUGAGUGGUAACCUCACAAGUGUAUUUGUUCCAAUCCUUGAAAAGAGGCCAGAAAUUCCAGACUGCCAUUAAUUGCAGGUUGCCAUUUUUCCUGCCAUGUUUCACAUAAAACAUUUUGUUUUUCUGUGAAUUUUUGAAGCAUAAAAAAAUUGAUGCAGACAUCACUGAAGCUCUUAAAUCUGUAUUAUAAAUGGGACAGACAACAGCUCCUAUCUCCAUUAGAAUAAAGUAAGACUAAUGUAUUUAUUUUCUCGUAUACAUACAUGGUUGAAUGUUGUGGAAUUGUUGCCUGUCUAUAACAAUUUGUUUAUUAUCACAGAUUCUUCUAAAGGUUUGUAUACACUCAAAAAUUAUGCAUCUUCUUGCCCUUUUUUUAGACGAGUGUAUUCAAGUUGAAACUGUUUCGAAACCUCUGGAUUUAUAAAUGUGGAAGUGUUCUGAGAUGGUGCUUUGUACAGUUAUAGGAGAUUUUGUUCAUAUGUGGAUCACAGAAUCUGUAAUUUAUCUUUAACUUAAAUAGAGAUAUACAAAAAAAAACAUUUUGCACACAUUCAGACUUGGCUGUAAAUAAUAUGCGACUUCUUGUUAACAAAUGGUAUGUAGACUUCAUCAUUUUAUAUUAAUUUUCAUGUAUGUCCAGUGCACAGAAACAGAUCUAUUUUUAUUUUUCAGUAAUAUUUUCUUUUUGCAUCAUACAUAAUACAGCUGCCUCUUCAGUGGCACUAUUCUUAACAAAUCAUAAACUAGCAUGAUACACUUGCAGGAUGCUUAAUCUCAUAUAGUUGACUGGUGCAAUUUGUUGUACGUAACACACUAUCAUUUUUGUAAGAGUAUUUUAUUUUUGUGUGUAUUUAGUUUUAAUUAAACUUGCCUUUGUCUUGGGUGUAAGGCACAUUUUA